AUGGCGGACGUGCUGGUGGACUCGCAGCGCCGCGUCCUCAUCAGCGGAUACGGGUACGGCCUCCCCCCGCAGCCUGCAGAGAGCCUGCUGCUCGGCCGCCUCGACCAGAUCGACCUCCGGCUGCGGCAGCUGGAGGAGCAGCAGCAGCGCCGCCCGUCGCACGCCGAGCACGGCGCGCCCGCCCCGGCCCGCCGCGCGCCGGCGGCGCAGCACCAGCACACCAAGUCCAUGCCGGCGGCGCUGCAGCACGUGCAGGUGCGGGGCGACCUCAUGGACCGCCUCAACCUGCUGGAGUCCCGCAUCAGGCAGGUCAGCUGCGAGCUGGGCCUGGACGGCGCCGGCGGUGUCGCCGGCAAGGCCCUCCAUCACCAGUUCGGGCUGGGGCUGGGAUCCUCCUCGUCCGUGCCGCUGGUCGAGGAUCCCGCCACGUGGUCCGACUCCGCGCCGGUGGCGGUGGUGGACCCGGCUCGUGAGGCGUUCGGCCGCGGCAAGGUGCAGAGCAAGCCCGCGGCGGCGGCCGGCGGGAGCUGGAGCGCCGUGGAGAUCCUGCAGCGGGGCGCGCGCCAGCUCCACCGCAGCACCAGCAGCAUUAGCAGCAUCAGCAAGCCCAACCCACCCAUCAAGGUGAACAAACUGAAAGAACCGAAAUCCGCGUGCGAGAAGGAGAAGAGGAAGGCGGAGCGCAGCAAGUCUCUAACGAAGGUGGAGCGCAAUAAGUCCCUGACGAGCAGGCUGUGGCUCAUGGUUGGAUUUUUGAUCUGUAUCAAAUACUUUGUGGAUUAUCCUGAUGCACAUUUGGGUCCAUGGAUGGGUCAUCCUGAUGCAUGUGUGUCAGCAUGA